AUGGCCGCCUCUCUCAUCCGUACCUCUGCGCGUACCGCCCUCCGCUCCGGAGCUUCGGCUGCUCCAAGAGCUGCUGCGAGCUUGACUUUUGCCCGCGGCAAGGCUACUCUGCCUGACCUGUCUUACGAUUAUGGUGCCCUGGAGCCUUCGAUCUCUGGCAAGAUCAUGGAGCUUCACCACAAGAACCACCACCAGACCUAUGUCAACAGCUACAACCAGGCCAUCGAGCAGCUGCAGGAGGCUCAGGCCAAGAACGACAUUGCGUCGCAAAUCGCCCUGAAGCCCCUGAUCAACUUCCACGGCGGUGCCCCCAGUGGUGCUCUGGCCAAGGCCAUCGAGGAGACAUAUGGCAGCUUGGAAAACUUCCAGGGUAAGAUGAACACCGCUCUGGCUGGCAUCCAGGGAAGCGGAUGGGCUUGGCUUGUCAGGGACAAGCAGACCGGACACAUUGGCAUCAAGACCUAUGCCAACCAAGACCCUGUUGUUGGUCAGUUCCAGCCUCUUCUUGGCAUUGACGCCUGGGAGCAUGCCUAUUAUCUGCAAUACCAGAACCGCAAGGCCGAGUACUUCAAGGCCAUCUGGGAGGUCAUCAACUGGAAGAGUGUGGAGAAGCGCUUCUCCGCAUAG